AUGGUCUACGUCCGCCAACUCGACUCGGCGCCCGAAUACUUGGCCGCGACCCACCUCCUUCGCAUCUCUUUGCUUGAGGCGACCAAUCAUAUGAGCUGCAUCGCGUGCACCGAUCCCUCGGCCGCCUGGUUUGUCCUCGCCGACUCGGCAAACUGCCCCGUGUCGGCCUAUGCGGUUCUGUCACAAGCCCGCGGCGUGCUUCUAAGUCCGUUCAUGACACCGAACGAGGCGUCGGCGCUCGCAACGUACUUCAGGACGCUCUCGCUUCCGAUGCCGGGCACCGUUCGCGGUCUUUCUGAGAGCGUCGCGGGUUUUGCUGCCAACAUGCCGCACGAUAUCACCCGCGAGGCGUGGCUCUACCGUCUCCACCGCGUCAAGCUACCCGCCAACGCUGUUGCGGGGACCCUCAUUGUCGCCACGGACACGCACGCGGCGCAGCUCCGCGCGUGGUACAAGCUCUUCAAGCGCGAGUGCUUUGACGAAUCCUUGGACGACGUCGCCGCGUCCACAUUAGUGCAGCGCGGCCUAUGGCGCAAGGCGCUCUACGUCUGGAUCGCCGACGGGGUUGUUGUCGGCUUUGGCGGCGUCGCGCCACCGAUGACGACGGACGCGAUGACGGUGUAUAUGCUCGGUCCGAUCUUCAUUGCCCCACACGCGCGCGGCCAUGGUUUCUCAAAAGGGCUCACGGCCGCCAUCAGCGCGACGCUGCUGGACACGUGCCCGACGCCGCAAGCGUCCAUUACGCUCUACGCCGACGUAAAGAACCUUGCAGCCAACGCUGCGUACAAGGCUGUGGGGUUUCUUCCCAUCGAACGUGACGUGACGUGUGCGCUGCGCCGCGAGCCAUGAUGUGACAUGUGCGAUCACUUCAGCUUGCAGAUGCAAGUCAGGGUGACAGUAAUGCCAGAAGGGUGGAAAAGUUGUCUGUCGUCGUACCUGGUCAAUUGCGGUCGGAGCGUGCACUAAUAUUGCAGUGAUGUAACAAGUCGGCCAUCCAGAAAGUGCGUCCGAGAAGGCUUGAAACAGG